UUGUUACAGUUAAAAGUGACCCCCAUAAUGAAACGAGUGCUUACUGCAGGUAGAGGGCUUCUUUAGUCGGCGAAGCAGUACUUUUUAAUCUUUAGCUGUCGCAAGUAGAUUUAUAUAGUUAUUAUUGUACUGAGAUCUAGAGAUUAGCCUGUCUGAAGCAUUCCAUAGAAUACAUUUAGGAUUUUUCUUUAGCAUUAUUGCUAUCCGCUAGCUAUAAACAACAACAACAACAUCGCGCUGUAAUCGGAUGACGGCAAGCAUCGUGUUUCGCUGCUAUUUGGGAAUAAAACCUUCUGCACAAGGGGACUUUAACUGAGCUGUUCGUAUGAAAGUCAAGUGCUGACUGCCAGGUGAAUUAUGUCCACGCUGUCUUUGGAUAAAGAACUGCAAGAGCGCUUAAGAGAGGCGAGUGCUAUUGGAGACCUUGACGAAGUGCGGACUUUAGUCGAGAGCGGAGUAAACAUCAACUCCCAAAAUGAAAUCAAUGGAUGGACAUGUUUACACUGGGCAUGCAAGAGAAACCACAAACACAUAGUGGCGUAUCUUCUGAAUUCUGGGGCCGACAAAGAAAUUCUCACUGCAAAAGAUGAGUUAGCCGUACAGUUGACCUCCAAACCCGAGAUCAGAAGACUGCUUGGAGUGGAGGAAGAGGAGCAUGAGCCUGAAGUAAAGGAUGCAGAGCUGCCGAUUAUUCCAAACUAUCUGUCUAACCCACCCUUCCUGUAUUGCAAGAUGGAUAAAAGCGACCUGAGUGUAGCACGACACGUUUCCCAGAAUGGCACCAGUGACCAUUUGGAGGCUGUAGUCUCAGAGCCGGCCACUUUAUCCCCCAUACAGGAACAGCAGCAGCAACAGCAGCAGCAGCAGCAGCGCCUGUACUCGGACGGCCAAAGCCAACCUGCAUUGUCGUACGUCUCCAUGGUAGAGCCGAGCAGCAUUGUGCCAAACCAGGUGACUAAUGGGACCCUGUCCAUGGAGGUCUCCCCGGAGGUGCAUCACAGCAACCAUAAUGAGUACACUCACAAUCACAGCAUUGCCCAGAACAGCCCUGUUUGUCCCCCACUCCCUUCAGCAAGCGCAGGCUCGAACCCCACCAUUACCCGGCAACAGUCUGUCCCCCAUCAGCUGAACGGCUCUCAGCCCGGGGGCUCUAUGCCUGCCUUCCAGCCCUUCUUCUUCACCAGCACCUUCCCUGUAAACGUGCGAGAACUCGUUCUGAAGGUGCGAAUCCAGAACCCACAUGCCAGAGAAAAUGAUUUCAUCGAGGUGGAGCUGGACAGACAGGAGCUGACGUACCGGGCGUUGCUGCGGGUCUGCUGCCGUGAGCUGGACAUUAGUGCUGAGCAUGUGGAGAAAAUACGCAAGCUCCCCAACACUAUGCUCAGAAAGGACAAAGAUGUGGCUCGGCUUCAGGACUUCCAGGAACUGGAGGUGGUGUUGGAGAAGGCGGAGAGUUUGUCUUUGUUCUCUGGUCCAGGAGGGCUGAACGACAGGCCCUGCUACAACAUGAAGGCCUCGAGGCUCACCUACUAGCUCCUGCCUCCAGACCAGCACGAGGUGGACUGACUCACUGCCCCAUCUGGGACUGUAGUUCAAAAUGCCUAAUUCAUACCUAGGUUCUGUUUUUGCCAUUCUACAGAUUAGAUGCCAUUCUUCCAUUUUCCUCCUCAGUCUAUAUACAAUGUUAGCCAUAUGCCUUUUCUCCCAAGCCUAUAUGUUGCCCGUGCAUGGUCCCCACAGCCAUCCGAAGAACGAUGUGACGCCCUCCUCCUCCACUGUAAUCCUUGUUAGUUUUCUCACAAGUCUUUGGUUUUAAACGUCUUUCACAGUCAUGACAUCAUCUUUUAGGAGCCACUAUUUUUGAAUAUUCAAAAUGUUCUUGCUCGGCUUUGGGCCGUAUAUCCAAAUCUGUCACCUCCCAUGCUGCUGGCCUACGUGAAGUUUUCAGAUCUGUCUCACUGCUGUGUUUGCUUAUGAGGCCACUGUGUGGUUUUGAGCACAGCUCACAGAGACAGUUGUGACCUGUACCAGCACUUCUUAUUGUCAGUUAUGGUCAUUAACAUAUAUGCACUCCUUUCCCAAUACAAGCUAUUUUAAUUUGCACUGGCAAAGCACACAGCAAAUUCGCUUGAUUGCUAACAUCCUCUUUAAAGCGUGUUAGCUUUUUUUAGUUCCACUUGGGAAAGCAGUUGUAGUUUGAUGUACUAAAAUACAGGAGCUUCAUAAACUAAAAAGGAGGGGUGUUUUUCAUGUUCUGUGUAUGUGUGUUUGCCACUUAAUCCCCUGUGCACUUUAAAAAAAAUGAUAACAAAUGGGAGGUACUUAAAAAAAUGCAUGGGGCUUUUCUAAUUUUAUUGAUUUUUGAAUACAUAAGUGGUGUGUUUUGGUGCCAUUGCUGCUCCUUCAGACACUGCAAACCAAAAACUAUCCAUAUUAUCUUGUAUCAAGGCCUAAUAAUCAUUUUUCAUUCUGCACUGAAUAAUGUAGCAAAGAUUGCUGUUGUUUUAUGUAAAUCUUAAUUUUUAAAGGAAUGAAAGAUUCAAGAACAGGGUUUAAUGAAUGGGAGCUUCCACAAACACUUUCUUCUUAUGAGUUUAAUAGUUAUAAUAAGAGGGAUAAAGUUACUAUAAUGGAUAUUGUUCUCUGGACCUAAUUGCAGCACAGGUUUUAUAUUUAGGAAGCAGGAUUCAUACUUGAUGACUGACUGGUCCAUUUAGCAGCAGUGCCGUUCGACAUAAGUAAUUCUCUACAGGUCUGUUGCGGUCCCAGUUCCUAAGAUAAAACUUGCAAUACUUCUUUGUCAUUUUUAUCUAAAUAAAAUUUGUAUACAGGCUAAAAGACACCUUGCACAUGUAGACCAGGGGCUGUGCUUCAUUUCUGUGAGUGGUUUUCACAACAUUUUUAGUUCUGUAGAUAGAAGGAAGUAUAAAAGUAGGAAAUUGAAAAAUAGGCAUAACUGUAUUAAUGGAGAAGGCAUGGCUACUGAUUUUUUUUUUUUUUUUUUUUUUUUUUUUUUUAAACAUACUAAUUGGAAACUUGUUUAUCUUGUUUUGGAAGAGUGUCUAACAUAAACAUAAGGGUGUCCUAAUACAAAAGCUCGCUUAAAAUGCAGAAACUGUUCACCUUUAACUUUAGUCCCUCUAAAUAUUGUAUUGUUCUGUACUAUGGAUUUAUUUUAUUUAUUAUUUUAUAAAUUUGACUGUAGAAAGGAGGAUCCAGAGCACACUACAGCUGAAAUGGAGCCAAGCAUUUGUCUGUCUGUCUGCCUGUCUGUCUGUCUAUGUAUCCAUUGUGUUCUGUAUGCUCAUGAAAAUGCUGACUAUUCACCAGGUUGAGAAAGCUGCAAGGUUUCUGACUGAUGUAAGGCAUCAAAAUUCUCUGUGGAAAACUCAGUGUACUAACUGGUCAUGUUCGGGAUGAUGAAUACAGUUAACCUAUGCAUCCACA